AUGAGCUCGACGAACCAAAUGGCGGUUGAGCGUCAGAAGGCAGACGCGUCAUUGAACGAUAAGUUCGUCCAACUGUCUGACCUGGUUUUCUUGCUAUCGGAUGUCGGAAACCAACCCGAUGAAAGCCUUCUAGGCGAAAAGAAUGGCCCUGACCUAAUUCUCAUUUAUGGCUGGGGCGACAGCAGACUCAAACAGGUCGCGAGGUUUGCCGACGGCUUUCGCAUCAUCUACCCUGAAGCCAAAAUUAUCAUCAUCCUAGCACCCAUAUUCAAAUCUUUGUUUUCAAGCCAAGAACAGCGCGUGCAACGAAUACAACCUGUCCUCGACGAAGCCUUUAAUUCAAACGCUACGCACCUUUCGUCGACUAAACAGCCCUCUAUCUUGGCCCACGUCUUGUCCAACACCGGGUGCUUGUACUUCACGGCAACCCUGGAAGGGUAUAGACAGGAAUUCGGCCACGCCAUGCCUCACACCCUCCUGAUCAUGGACUCCGUCCCAGGCUCCAUGGACCACGACACAAGCAACAUCGGAACCCUUGCAGAUGCCGUCGCGCUCGAUGCCAAAUCAAGAGUUCCCUGGCCGCCACAGGUCACGAAGGCAUUUUGUAUCAUCCUACUCUACGUCAUGCGAGCCAUCGAGUUGGCCCGUUCACGAGAGAACCCGAUUGUGGUCAGCAAUAGAAUGUCGAAUGACGAGAAGUUUUCAACCAAAUCAGCUCGACGUCUCUAUAUUUACUCAAAGGAGGAUCUGAUCACCGCCUGGCAGGCCGUGGAGAAGCAUGCUGCGGAAGCAAAACAAGCUGGGUAUCAAGUGGAUUGCAGCUUAUCUGAAGGGAGUGGGCAUGUAGAGCACAUGCGACGAUGGCCGGAGAGAUAUUGGCGUUUGAUAGGAGAUGCAUGGAGCGAUGCGAUUGGCGAGAUGGUAGUUCCGAAAGCACGUCUUUAA